GUAGAACCACCAAAGAGCACAGGGUCCAAAUCUGCUUUAACCCCUCAAUGUUGGAGCCCAAAGCCUAGGACCUUCAAAAUAGGUGUACUUUCUUCAUUCUCUAAUGUGGCACCAUAUACAUUCGUCCAUUUGAUGUUACUCGAUGAUUGUCCCCAAUCCUCAAGAAAGACCAUCUGGGUGCUCUUUAAGGUGGGCAAAAUUCGAUGAACGAAUGCGGCAGGAAAUACUUUUGUGCUCUGGUUCGAGAGAGAGAGAGAGAGAGAGAGAGAGAGAGCAUGAGAAAGACGGCAACAGCUUAAAAGAAGAGUCUUUUUUGGCAACAGCGAUUGGUCAAGAAGGCCUACUACCCUCUUCACCGCAAGAAUCUGCCCAUAAUAGUUUUAUCUGCUCUUUUUCCCUCUCCUCUUUCACAAUUAACCCUGAUCGUCUCUUUGUCCCUCGCCUCUCGCGCACGCCUCCAGCCUCGCUCGACGCCGGCCGACGGUAAUCGUUUCCGACGGCAAGUGGGCGGCGCCGAGAACCCUCUCGUACCCGCAGGCAAGUCUCCUCCUUCUCCGCCUCAUUUCUUGCGAAUAGUUUGUUCACAGUACAUGAAUUGCAAGAGAGCUUGUCGAUUUGGGGACAUCUUUUCUCUUCUUGAAAUCGGCGAGCGGUUCCGUUGGACCGCCCGGGAACCGAACCGAACCGGACCGGACCGGGAACCGAUCACGCCUAGGCGGAAAAUGUCGUCUUUCACGGUAGUAAGGAAUGAAAGAAUCCUCUUCAAAAACGGUUAAAGAUAACCUUGGCGAAGAAACCUUAAAUUUCAGGACUUUUCGAGCGUGAGUGCUUGCCGGGGAAAGUUCGAGCUCGUUGGGAAGUCUCUGUGCGUGUCUGAUUCAACAAUUUGGCUGAAAGUAAAGAAGAAUUUCGGAGCUAGUUCAUACCAGUGGCUAUGGCGAAACAAGCAAAUACCCUCUUUCUUGAGGACUGGUUGAGAAGCAACAGCGGCGGCGGCAGUAUCGGCAACACCGGAAACGCUGCUUCCCCAUCAUCUGCUCGAGCAAUAAUCCAAGCAUGGGCUGAGCUCAGAGAUUGUCUUCAGCACCAGUCUUUUCAACCCCACCACCUCCAAUCGCUGAAGACUUUCCUCAACUCCCAAGCCUCCCUCCAUGUUGCAGACCCUCAAGCCAAGCUUUUGAUCUCCAUCCUCUCUUCUCCGGACUUCUGUCCUCCUCGGGAAUCGCAUCCCAUGUUUCUCAGGCUCCUCUAUGUCUGGGUAAGGAAGUCCUUCAGACCCAAUCCCGCGCUUGUUGAUUCUGCUGUGGAGGUUGUGUGUGGAAUUGUUGUUUCGGCUAGGUUCGAUUCCGACUGGGGUCGUUUGGUGUUCGCUGAGGGUGUUCUUGUUCUGGGUGCAUUCUCUGCUGUGCCUGCUGCCUCCGAUGCCUCAAAAGUUCUGUGCUUGGAGUCUAUUUGCAGGCUGUUGGAACAAUGUGGUGCAUUGAUGAGGUUGUCUGAAGGAGUCAUAGCGAACGUCCUUGCAGGAAUUGGAUAUGCUCUAUCUUGUCCUGUCAAUGUUCAUUACGAUAAAUUUGUGAGCUUUUCGUUGGGCGUUUGGGGGAGCGAGGAUGGACCUGAGAGUAGUAUUCCAAAUGGACUUAUGAUUCUGCAUUUGAUUGAAUGGGUGAUCUCGGGAUACAUCAAUUCUUGUUCUUUCGAAAAGAUUAGAUUUUUUUCGCAGAUUGCUCUGGAAAAUUCAGAGGAGAAGUAUGUUCCUUAUGCUCUUUCAAUGGCUGCUGGUGGAGUAUUAAGAGCUUCCAAUAGACUUGCAUCUCGUGGUGCAGGGUUGGAGAUUCUUAGAUUGACAAUUAGUGCAGAAGACAAGAUGGAAUAUCUUGCUAGUGGAUUGAUUUCCAGAAUGGAAGAUCCUGGGAAUUGUCUUGACUAUCCCAUGGAUAGACUCCUUUUACAGUGUUUAGCCUUAUCAUUCGCUCGAAGUGGCUCAUUAUCUUCAAGAGCCCCCUUUCUUAUAUGUCUUGCUUCUGCGUUGAUCAGUGAAAUUUUUCCCUUAAGGCGCUUAUAUGCCAAGAUACUUGAUAGUUCUCUUAGCAGUUCAGCUAGAAUAAGGCACAAUGAGGUUAGAGAACACGUGGAAAGUGUUCUAUUUAAAGAAGGAGGAGCCGUAACUGGCAUUUUCUGCAAUCUUUAUGCUUCUGCAGAUGACCAAAACAAAGCUCUUGUGGAGAAUCUCUUCUGGCGUUACUGUUGUGAUUUGUAUUUGAGUCAUCGACAAGUCGUUCUAGUGCUUCAGGGCAGAGACAAUAAUUUACUCGGUGACUUGGAAAAAAUUGCCGAAUCUGCUUUUCUAAUGGUUGUUAUGUAUGCAUUGGCAGUAACAAAGCAAAAGUUAACUCCUAAACACGGCAAGGAAACUCAGAUGGGGGUGUCGGUGCAGAUAUUAAUUGCAUUUUCUUGUUUAGAGUAUUUUCGGCAUAUGAGGUUGGCCGAGUAUCUGGAUACUGUCAGGGCGGUCCUUCCUAGUGUUCAGGAAAAUGAGUCUGCAUGUGUAUCAUUUGUAGAGUCAAUUCCUUCUUAUGCUGAUCUAACUGUUGGGCAAGGAUCAGAGUACUGUUGGUCCACAGAUGACGUGCAAACUGCUCGCAUAUUGUUUUACCUACGGGUUAUUCCAACCUGCAUCGAACGGUUAUUGAGCCCUGUCUUUAGGAAAUCUGUGGCUCCAACUAUGUUCCUAUAUAUGGGACACCCAAAUGUAAAAGUAGCUCGAGCUGCACACUCUUUGUUUGCUGCAUUUGUAUCUUCUGGUAUAGAUUCUUUUGAGGAUCAAAGGGCAUCCCUAAAGGAGCAACUUGUGUACUACUACAUGCAGAGAUCUUUAGAGGCAUUUCCUGCCAUCACUCCUUUUGAGGGUUUGGCAUCUGGAGUGGCAGCCAUUGUUAGACAUCUUCCUGCUGGUAGUCCUGCUAUUUUCUACUGCAUCCACAGUAUUGCUGAAAAAGCAAAUAAGCUAUGCAGUGUAGAGUUCGUUCAGGAUGGUCAUAUGUCCAUGAAAUGGCAAGGAGAGUCAGAACCUUGCAAUAAUCUGCUGGAGUUGCUCCUGCGCCUUUUGUCUCUUGUUGAUAUUCAAGUAUUGCCAGACUUGAUGAAGUUAUUGGCACAGAUGAUAGUCCAGUUACCGAAAGAUGGCCAGAACAUGGUGCUCAAUGACUUGUACGCACAGGUUGCAGAGUCUGAUGAUCUUACCCGCAAACCCACAUUAGUUUCGUGGUUGCAGUCAUUGUCUUACCUAUGUACUCAAGCUAAGUCAAGUGGGAGUGAUAUCUCCAAGAUUUCUUCAUCAAAGAGAGAAUCACCAAGUUGGAUUGCUAAAGCCGCGCGACUUUAAAAUGUUGAGAGCUGAAACUCGAACCAGGGAAGAUGAUCGGUCAUUGAAAUAUUGACAUAGAUUUUUCAACAGAUGAGAACUGGCAGACCAAAUGGAACUCCACAACUUAACUUCGCUCCUGACCAGGGUAGAGAUUGAAGUUUCCAGCUGCAAAGCUAUUAGAUCCUUCCGAGUUGCUCUUAUUUCUGCCAAACAUAAUCUUGGUAAUGAAACUCAAUUUUCCUUUUGCCUUGAAGAAAUCUGAAUUGUAUAUAUGCCCAGAGAACAGUUAGAUACAACUCUUGACACUCAUUAUAGUUUGUCACCUUAGGCUCCUAUACGGCUCUUUUAGCCCUAGUUUAGGGUAAAGUAGUUUCAGCAGAAGGUUCUAAAUGCUCCUUUUCAUCCAGAUAAUGGAAUUUUCAAUAUCCACAUGCUAUCUGCUAGUUGUAUGAAGUCGAAGAGGAUACUCUCUAUUCUCAUGUAUUGCGGAUGCCACAACAUUGAGCAGAGUCGAGAGUUCAACCGGCAUGUGAACAGGAUCGAGCAUGUUCCGCAAUAUCCAGAAUUAAUCCGAGGUGAUGCUGAGUAGCAAUUGAAUCGCGCCGAUAAGGAAUAUUGCGGGAAUGGGAGUAGAGGUUUAAACAAAAAAGAUUAUGCAAGGGAUCACAGCUAAAGACAGGUGCUUACGAACAGUGUGUUGUAUUAGCCAAAUUUCAAUGCCUUUGUUGAGCACUCUCUGGCUUCCCAAAGUUCUUUUUCCUCUUGUUCUUUCUUUUUGAUUAUUUACUCCAAGUUGUUGAUGGUCCCCUUACACCACACUGGCCCUCCUUUCAACCAGAAGUUUCACUGAAUUGCUUAAGCCAAAA